GCCAUGGAGGCCUCGGCGGGCGGUGGGGCGGCGCGGCGCUGGUAUUUCAGCCGCGAGCAGUUGGACCGCAGCCCCUCGCGGCGAGCCGGUCUGGAUCCCGACAAGGAGCUCUCGUACCGCCAGCAGGCCGCCAACCUGCUGCAGGACAUGGGGCAGCGCCUCAACGUCUCCCAGCUCACCAUCAACACCGCCAUCGUGUACAUGCACCGCUUCUACAUGGUGCAGUCCUUCACUCAGUUCCACCGCAAUGUAAGUGGGGCCGGGGCUCUUUGUGUCUGCAUUCGGGCGCCGUGGGCCCUUUUUCCUUCCUGGGGGGGUUUGGGCUUUGUUUAA